AUGUUUGGAAUUACAGUUUGGGCAAUGGCAUUACUGUUACUGAUUCGUUGCAGUAAUUCAUUGACCCCACAAAGCGUUUGGGUAGAAGGACGAUUGAAAUGCGGUAGCCAAGAUGCCGGAAAUCUUCGCGUGGAACUUGUUGAUGUUGAUUCCAUGCCAAACCCAGACGAUCUAUUAGAUUCGGGUUAUACAAAUGAAACAGGAGCAUUUAGCUUAAAAGGUUCUUCAAGCGAGCUAAGUGACAUUGAUCCGGAAGUUCGGAUUUUCCAUGACUGUAAUGACUUGGAUAAGGCCUGUAAACGAGAGUGGAUUAUACGGAUACCAAAAAAGUACAUCUUUGAUGGUACAGAACCAAAAGAACCAAUGAACAUUGGCGUUUUGAACCUGGAAGUAGAGCUUGAAAAUGAAAUUCAUACCUGUAUUUUAAAUAUUAUGUUGUUGUCGACAGUUUUUAUACCACUUAUUGGAUGCCUUCUUCAUCGAUCCACAGCAUCAAAAGUUCCAGAUCCUCAAUUUUAUAGUGUUGUUGGAAAACUAUAUUGUGGUUCAACGCCAGCUGCCGAUGUUCUUGUCAAAUUAGUGGACGACGAUUUUGGGAAGGGAAACAACGAUGACGUGAUGGAUUCAGUUCGCACUGACAAAAAUGGUUAUUUUAAGCUUUCUGGAUCAGCUACUGAAUCUACAACAAUUGAUCCGCAACUAAAAAUCUAUCAUGACUGUGCCGACAAUAGCGAUCCUUGCCAGCGGCGGUGGAAAUUUGAGUUACCGAACCACUAUAUAACAUCGCAAAAUGAGGAACGAAAAAUUGUCGAUAUAGGCACAUGGAAUUUGGAAGCAAUACUUCCUGAAGAAUCAGAAACGGGCGAUGAAAUUGAUGGAAUUUAUACAGAUUAUCAAGGACAGUUUGACCUGUAUGGCAGAAUUACAGCUGCAACAAGAAUUAAACCAGGCUUGGAAAUUUAUCAUGACUGUGAAAAUCAAGAGAAGACUCAACGUCAAUGGACGUUAGAGUUUCCUGAAAGUUACAUUACUUUUGGCCGUUAUCCACAUCAAACAUUUGAUAUUGGAACGUGGAAUUUGGCUGUACGUAAUCCCAGUGAAGAAGAACAGGUAAAACAGAAGAUAGUGUAAAC